AUGAUCAACCAAUCAAUCGUUCGUGGCAUUUCAGCCGCAAGCCGAACAUCCGGAAUGACAAUGCGUCGUCAAGCGGUAAUGUCGGUUAACCGUCAAUUAGGCGCAAAAAGAAUGGCAAGUUCGACAAACCCAAUCAAAAAAGUUCAAUCUGACGCUCCAUGGGCAAUCACUUCUUUGCUUGUGUUUGGUGGUUUGUUUGUUUAUCUAACCGCACCUACCUCGGGCGACAAACACGGUCAUGGUCAUGAUGAUAAAGGACACGGUAAAGAAGUUGAAACUGAAGAAGAACCUGCUGAAGAAGAACCUGCUGAAGAAGAAGAAAGUGAAGAUGCAUCUUCUUCCGGUGAUGAAUAUGUUGACGUAAAGAAGAUCGAGGACAAACCAGGAGAUGAUGCACCAAAGGGUUCAAAAGCACUAGCUGAAAGAAGUUUAUCAGCAGAUGAAGGCGCUCAUCUACAAAAGAAAACAAAAGAAGCAUCAGACAUUCAGAGAAGAGAUGAUACAACUUUCAAACAUGGUGUUGCAGCAGCAAAAGAAGGACAUGCCGACCCGGAAAAGAGAGAGUCUAAUCCAAAGAAGGUCGUAGCAGCAGCUCAUACUGCCCGUCAAGAAAAAGAUGCAGCCAAAAAGGAAGCUUCUGAAUCUGAUGAUUCCGAGUAA